UCAAGAUGGCGGCUCCUUUGACUCUGCUUCUGCUUGUAGCAGUUACGGUCCGAGCCGCUCUGUUCAGAUCCAGUUUAACGGAACUAAUUUCGGAGAGGGUGGAGGUGGUGUCACCGUUGACCGCCUGGAAGAGAGUGGUUGAAGGUUUGGCUCUGCUCGAUUUGGGAGUCUCACCGUACUCUGGAGAUGUUUUCCAUGAGACUCCUCUCAUCAUUUACCUCUUUCACUUUGUGGUGGACUUCGCAGAGGUGACAUUCAUGUUGGCGGAUGUGAUCACUGCUGUGGCGCUCUACAUGGCAGUGAAGGACUACAACAAACAAGUGUUCAGAAAGCAGAAAUAUGCCCUGGAGGCCGACCGCUACCCCCUCGACUGUCUGGAGCUCAUCAGAAGCCCCAAAGAAAUGUACUACAUCCCUCUGAAAGUCGCCAUGUUUUAUCUGUUGAACCCGUUCACCAUCCUGUCCUGUGUCGCCAAGUCGACCUGCGGCCUGAACAACGCCGUCAUCGCCCUCUUCAUCCUCUCUACGAUAAAAGGAAAUGUUUUGCUCAGUGCCAUAUUUCUGUCCUUGGCCACGUAUCAGUCCAUCUACCCUCUGACUCUGUGCGCUCCAGCGCUGCUGUACCUGAUGCAGCGUCAGUACAUCCCUGUGAACUUUCGGCGGACCAGCUUCUGGUGGUUCAUCGCUCAGUACGCCUUCAUGUACCUGGGCAGCCUGUUCGUCAUCGUCGGCCUCUCCUUCUUCCUGCUCGGCUCCUGGGACUACCUGCCCUCCGUCUACGGCUUCAUUCUGUCGGUACCAGACCUGACCCCCAACAUCGGCCUCUUCUGGUAUUUCUUCGCCGAGAUGUUUGAACACUUCCGCCUCUUCUUCCUCUGCGUCUUCCAGAUCAACGUUUUCUUCUACACCAUCCCUCUGUCCAUCAAACUCAAGGAGCAUCCAGUGUUUCUGAUCUUCAUGCAGUUGGCUGUGAUCUCCAUCUUUAAGUCUUACCCCACAGUGGGAGACAUCGCUCUCUACCUGGCCUUCCUUCCUGUCUGGAGUCACCUGCACAGAUUCUUGAGGAACAUCUUCCUGGUGUCCUGCGUCCUGUUGGCCUGCUCGGCUCUGUUCCCGGUUCUCUGGCACCUCUGGAUCUACGCCGGCAGCGCCAACUCCAACUUCUACUACGCCAUAACUCUGCUGUUCAACGUGGCUCAGAUCCUGCUGGUGUCUGAUUAUUUCUACGCCUUCUUGAGGAGAGAGCACCACCUCACCUACGGCCUGUACCUGAAGAGGAAAGAUGGCUCUGAGGCGACACUAGUUCUUAAAUAAAACACACACACACACAGACACACACUCCUACAGUCUCUGCCAGGUAGUGACAAACUGUUCGAGGUCUCACUCUUCCUCAAAGCGAACGAACACAAACUGAGGAGGAUAAAAGUCUUUCACAGACGAACAUUAACGCAGAACGUGUGUCUGGUACAACUUCAUAUGCAAACGAGAGAACGACAUCACACACGACACACACAUGCAGAUGUUGCAGAUGUAGAAAUCCGACUUCUGCCGUGUGAGACAGCAACUCAACAUCACUAUCCUCUUUUCACAUUCUCUUCUGAAGGGCUCUUAUUUUGAAGCCUCGCUCCAACUGGGAACCUUUGCCUCUGGGGGCUGCUUUUAUUUUGAAGCCUCCUUCUUCCUUGCGGCCAUUCUAGAAGAGUUUUAUUUUGACACUCUGUUUAUCCUGCAACAUCCAUCAUGGACAGCUUUUAUUUUGAAGUACCAACUCUCAUGCAGUGUCCCUCUAGAAGGAUUUUAUUCUGAAGUCUUUUUCCUCUUUCAACACCCAGAAAAAUCCUAAAACUGUGGGAAAAUUCCCACUGAUGUGAUGACUCCUGAUAGUCUCCAGCUGUCCCACUCACAUUUUACAUUUGUGUUUCAUGUUUAUUUGAUCACCUUUGUGUUGACACUGGUUUUCAUAGUGGCAGGAAAGAGGAAGAGGAAAAGAGUUCCUCUGGAGUCCUACAAAUGUCCAUUCAUCUCUUUGUCUUUAUCUCUCUCACCGCUUUCUUACUGUUUGCCUUUCACUCGGUUUAUUUUACACUCUCUGCUCAUUAAUUAACAUCACAUGAUCAGUGUUGCAUCUCACUCAAACCAGUACUAACCUCAUUAUGGUACAUACAACAUGACACUAAGUGGGACGGUGAACGCUUCACUCAACCCCGGACAGUUUGUUUUUCUACUUAAGAUGGAGCACGUCGGACAAAGACAACAGUGAAUGUUUUAAACAACUGAAGUGCUCACGUUCAGGAUCUGUGGAGAUUUUAUUUUAUUUUUUUGUACCAAGUUAAAGAAACCGCUGCUGCAGUGGCCUUGUGUUUGCUACAUGUCAAAAUUACAGCUUGAUAAGAAGUUUUCACAAAGGCCACAGUUUCAGUCAGUAAGGAAAGUUUGGGCUCAUAACGUGGCAACAAGCUAAGCAGUAAAGUUUCAUGUCACUGUAUUUUCUCUGUUGUUACAAACUCAAAACUUACACCAGAAAGCAGAUAAUCUUUUUUUUAUUUCCUAAAAUGUCAAACGUUUUCUUAAAGUUUAUUAUUUUCAAGUCAAGCUCAUACCUGCCAUCCUCUCCAACUUUAUACAAAUGCAACUAAAACACUUUUUGCUGGUAGAGUUUGUCUCAAAUCCAAACCACACACUACGACUCACUGCCAGUAUAUUCCCGCUCUUUUAGCUCUGUUUUUGGUCUCCACCAGAAACAUCUGUCUCGUCACCGACUGCUGUUUAUUUUGAUUUCCUUUUCGACGGUUGUGAGCAGCUCUGCUAUUUCCUCUUGGGAGAAUGUGUCGAUCAACAGCACCUAGAAAUCAUCUGUACUGCUUACUGACUAUUUUGAAUACACAUGAUUUUGUCACAUCUCCAGUGUGAACACGUUACAUACUCAAACCGUGCUCAGAGUUAGUGUGUAGUUUGGAUUUGGGACAAGCUGUCUCUAACGUUUUCCCAUCUUUGCGUGUGAUAUUUGAUCACUUCUCUCCUCAGAAAAUCAUGCCAAAAAAACAACAAAAAAAAAAACCAGACGUACAUCUACUUCAAAAUCAUCCCUAAAAUAAGCCUUAAACACUCAGACGUGUUGUCAUAGCAACUUAAAGAUUGUUUUCUUCAUAUACAUAUGUGAUGUUAUUAUAUGUUACUCUGUGGUCACUGAUCUUAUGCAAUCCAGUACAACUGUUAAUCUCAUAAAGUCUGCUUUUAUAUAAUUGUCAGUUAAAGUUGUGCUGGACUGCAUUAUGUCAGGAGGUGUUUCUAAUAUUCUGCCCCUCAUGUUGAAGGCUGUGACCUCAGUAAUAAAUAUAUAUUUUACCUUUUUCACCAAGGACA